ACGGUUGAUAAAUAUGAAUAUGAAUGAGGACUUUAUUUUUAUUUUGGUGUUCCAAUACUCUAUCUUUCUGUUCUUCAUCUCCUUUCUCUCUCUAAAUUUUGUGCUUAGGUUUGGAUCUGCUGCAGUUCAUCAACAUGAAGGAAGUGCUGAGUGAAAAUCUGAUUGGCGAUUUUCUAGAAGCCUUCUGUCUUUUUGACAGAGAUGGAGAUGGGUGCAUAACCAUGGAAGAAUUGGGUAGUGCAAUUAGGGCACUGAAUCAAAGUAAUCCCAGGAAGGAGGAGCUGGAAAUGAUGGUGAAUGAAGUGGACAUGGAUGGGAACGGAAUGAUAGAAUUUGAGCAGUUCUUGAAUGUGAUGGCCAGAAAAAUGAAGCAAAGUGAAGCAGAAGAGGAAUUGAAAGAAGCUUUCAGACUCUUUGACCAGGAUCAAGAUGGUUACAUAUCAGCCACAGAGUUGUUAUCUGUAAUGAGAAAUAUUGGAGAGAAGAUCACAGAAAAAGAGCUGGAGGAGAUGAUGAGAGUGGCUGAUUUGGAUGGUGAUGGUCGACUUAAUUAUGAAGAAUUCGUGAGGAUGAUGGCUUUUUAGUUAUUUGUUACUAUAGAACAAAUGAUCAAUGAAUGAAACACUUUUAAACUUGUUUUUCUUCAUCUUUUUAUGUAUUAUCAAUCCUUAUAUAAUACAAAAUGUUGACUAU